UGUGCGCCCCAGUACUGUACGUUACAUGCGUGGACCACCUGCUUUGAUCAGUAAAGGAAGAAUGAGCGGCGACGUGGAACGUGUGUUGAUCCAGCUCCAGGAUGAGAGCGGUGAGAUACUCGGAUCUCCUUUUGAUGUGCCACUGGACAUCAGCCCGGAUAAACUGCAGCUGGUCUGCAAUGCACUCUUAGAGAAGGAGGAACCUGUGCCAUUCCUGUUCUUUGUGAAGGAUGCAGAGGUGGUGUCGUCUUUGGGUACUUGUGUGCAGAGUCUGGGGCUGGAGACAGAGCAGGUGCUUCCUGUGGUGUACCAGCCGCAGGCUGUGUUCCGAGUGCGGGCAGUAGCUCGAUGCACCAGCUCUUUAGAGGGCCACACAGAGGCUGUUAUCUCUGUAGCUUUCAGCCCGACGGGGAAAUAUCUGGCCAGUGGAUCUGGGGACACAACUGUGAGGUUUUGGGAUCUGUGUACAGAAACACCACACCACACUGCUAGAGGCCACACACACUGGGUUUUAUCCAUUGCCUGGUCUCCAGAUGGCAAGAAGUUAGCAUCAGGGUGCAAAAAUAGUCAGAUCUUCCUGUGGGAUCCAGUCACAGGAAGUCAGACAGGGAAGACUUUGAUGGGACAUACAAAGUGGAUCACCUGGCUGUGCUGGGAACCUCUGCACAUGAACCCAGAGUGUCGGUAUUUGGCUAGCUCCUCUAAAGACGGCUCAGUUCGGAUAUGGGACACGGUUUUGGGUCGCUGUGACAAGAUCCUGACAGGCCACAUGCAGUCUGUGACGUGUGUGAAAUGGGGAGGAGAUGGACUCCUCUACACCUCAUCUCAGGACAGAACCAUUAAAGUCUGGAGAGCCAAAGAUGGAGUUCAGUGCCGUACUCUGCAAGGUCACGCUCACUGGGUCAACACGUUGGCCCUCAGCACCGACUAUGUUCUGCGCACUGGAGCGUUUGAGCCAGCGACUGCCACCAUAAAUCCUCAGGAUCUCAGCGGCCCUUUGGAAGAAAUUAAGGAGAAAGCUUUAAAGCGCUACAACAACGUUAGAGGUGAGAGUCAUGAGAGGCUGGUGUCCGGAUCAGACGACUUCACAAUGUUUUUAUGGAACCCAGCAGAGGAGAAGAAGCCAGUGGCCCGUUUGACGGGUCAUCAAGCGCUGGUCAACGAGGUGCUUUUCUCGCCGGACACAAGACUGAUAGCCAGUGCUUCAUUCGAUAAAUCAAUCAAGAUCUGGGAUGGAAAGACUGGAAAGUAUCUGACAUCAUUGCGCGGUCAUGUCGGGCCAGUGUACCAGGUGGCUUGGUCGGCAGACAGCCGUCUGCUGGUGAGUGGCAGCAGUGAUAGUACACUGAAGGUGUGGGACAUCAAGACAGGCAAACUGAACGUUGAUCUGCCAGGCCAUGCCGAUGAGGUUUUUGCAGUUGACUGGAGUCCUGAUGGGCAGAGAGUGGCCAGCGGUGGGAAGGACAAGUGUUUAAGAAUAUGGAGGAGGUAACAGCAGAAACCAGCAGCCCCUGGCUCUGCAUGCAAAAGCCAAUCAGGUGUCUCAAUGCAACUGACGGCCCACACCAUUGGACAAUGGACGGCUACAUCAGAGCAAGAAGCCUGAACCUCCUCGCUCAAUGAAAC